AUGUUAAAAUCAAAAUGCAUUAAAGUUAAAAAUCCCUGCAAGAUUUGCCUGAAGCCAGUCACCCAGAAGAAUGGUCUCCAAUGCCAGGGCGUCUGCGCCACCUGGGUACAUUUCAACUGCAUACACUACACCCCAGGAAAGAUAAAAGAUAUCAAAACCGGUGUUCUCAAAAUCAACUGUCCUUGUCCUGAUUGCAAGACGGAAGUUCAAAAAGAAUAUUAUACAGAUGAAGAAACCUAUGACGGAAUCGCUCAAAGAACUCAAGACGCAUAUUAUGAAACGAAAACCGUUGCUGUAGGAACGAAGCGAUCAGAACCUUUUAUACGAUUCAGUCCAAAGAGUUCUAUAUUCAAGAAAAGGAAAGAAACAGAAGAUAUUGAAGUCACCGCCGGUGAUGCAGUCAGAGGAUUUUCUUCUAAUGGAAAUCUGGAAUCUAAAAUAGACCAAGUGUGUGUCACAGUUGGACAAUUGUCGCAGCAGAUUAACAACUUGAUGCUGGGGCUGAAAGAAACUAUAAAUUGUCAGAAUUUAGGGCAGAAGUGCACUGAAGAAGGGUCGCGGCUGUUGUGCCUUAAGCCUUGUUAUUGCUCGGAAAAUCGCAAGAACAGCUGUCCAGAACUAAAGGUUCCAGAUCUGAAAACAACCAUUUCAGAAACAGAUGAGUGCAGCCAUUCAUCAUGCAUCCCACCGUGCUGUACAAACCCUGAUUUGCAAGAUCCCGAGGCAGGACCCAAGGAAUGCACCAGCGAUGAACCGGUGCUGCCUGGGGGCGUACGUCCUGUCACCCCUCCCCUAAUCCCCCCUUGCUCCAGCCAACGCCGGUGCGACCCUGUCACUCCCUGCGGCAAACACCCCCCCUGCCAACCAGCCCCUUGCGGUCCCAGUAUCCCCUGCGAUAGCCACAUCUCCCCAAUACCUUCCCAACAUGGUCCCACAGGAAAACAACCCAAGAGAAAAAUAAAGCUUAAAACCAAAAAAGGAAACCGAACUCCCCCUAUCAGCAAAACGCCAUCCGAUAUCUCACUUGUGAGUCCAGAUGGGUCUACAACAGGAAGUAAGCUCAUCUGUGACUCUUCAGCGUGCGACGACUCCGGACAUUGUCAUCAUACCGCUCCUCACAAAGCUCCUUUAGCAACUAAAUCUCCACCUAAACCUCAUAAAGAACUCCCGCCUCAUGUUAUCAGCAUCCCAUGCAGUGAUUGCAAGUGUAUGUAUGGCCCAUCGCUCACGGAGUUCAAGUGUCAGUACAAGGAGUGCCCGAAUAAGCAAUGGCAAACCGACCCGUUGCCUAAUGCUCCACCACCAACCUUGAAAUCGGCCACAACUUGCACGGCGGAGAAGUCUAAGUCUUGUACUUGUAUGAAGCAGUACGCAAAAAAAGUUCUCCAAGAGACAAUAGUAGCAAGCCGUUCUGACAGCAAGAUCCCGCCGAAUGCGUGUCAAACUAUGCUGUUAUCGGCCAUUGUCCAGCUGUGUAACACUGUUGGACAACUGUCUGGGCAGAUUAAGUUGCUCAUGGGCAGAUUAUAAACAUGAAGAUUGAUGAAGAUGAAGAGCCAGAUUAUUGUUUUCAUUUCAUUUCAAAUA